GAACUUUUGUUCAUAAAUGUAGAGAAAAGUGUAUAUAUUGAAUGAGAAAUACUGUACCAUAACAUACAACUUUUAUCACUGUGUUGAACAUGAUGAUAUAGAGACCAGUAGAGACCACUGGCAGAGUAAGGAAGUUAAGGCGUGAUGGUGACCUCAUCCGUCAAAGUAUUUGUGGGGAAGUUAAAACCAUGCCUAAAGAGUGAGGCACUUGUUUGAGACACAUACAGAGUGUGAAAUAGAUACUUCUCAAGCCAAACCGGGUCAGAGAAGCACCAUGGCCUGUGCCGAUGUUGACAUGGACAUCCAUGGAGGUGAUGAGGCGCCACGACUACCCGGGCGGAGACAUCCGCCUAUAAUGCAACAUUACCAGGCUUCAGAGCUCAUGCCAGACAACAUAGGGCCGCUGCAUGACCUGCUGCAGAAACAACCGGCCGUGUUGGGGUCUCUGCAGAUGAUGAGCGGUCUCCUCAGUGUUGGAGUGGGAAUUCUCUUUGCAGCAACUCAGGAGAUUAAUCAUUCACUUUUGAAUCUGUUCAGAGUUUCCCACAUGACUGGACUACUCUUCAUCAUUGCUGGAGUUGUUUCAAACCUUUUGUUCAAAUAUCCAGCUUUACUACCUGUGUCCCUCGCGGUUAACUGUGGCUGUAUUAUUGUAGCCGUAGUUUCAGCUUGUCUGAUAGGCGUUGACCUGGCUGACUGGACUCCAGAAAAUGAUCAGCUUUGGAGGAUGGAGUUGCUGGAACUUUGCUUGUUGGGGCUCGAGGUUUUUCUCUCUGCAAUCCUCUGCUUCUGGUUCUCUAAAGAGAAACGUGCCAAAUCAACAUGAAAAGGCUGAAGAGGAAGAAGACAUUUGAGGCUGUAUAUUAAUGCUUAAAAGAAGUUAAGCGUAGCUAGAAGUAAGACGGUAUUAGCAAACAUUUAAUGUGGCUUUCUUUUCUAUCUCGACUGCCUAUAUUGGAGCUGAAACCCUGCUGAACAGCCUUGUUCACGUUUGUGGUCUGCGUCUAAUGUUUGACUCGGACUGAGAACACAAGACUUGUGGUAAAUAGAUGUCAGCUUCUCUCAUGUGAAGGAAAAAACACUCUUCAUGCUCCUCAACCUCUGCAUCUCUCUGUGAAACGGUAGUAGUGGGCCUCAUAGUGCUGCUCUGUCGGUGUGGUUUGACACUCGUGCUUAGUUAUCUAUGGAAAUAUCUGCAAUGUGUUUUCAGCUGCACUCACACCUCACAUACUGAAAGCUUUACUGAGCUGUGAAGAAUUUGUGUUAUAGGCGGAAAUAAUUAAUUGUGGCAAAGAAAUGAAUACAACAACGUGUUUUAAACAUUUUAAUCAUCUGUACAACCUUGUCAUAACAGAGGACUGCCAACAAAAGAAAAGACUUGAUAGAUCUGCCUGCUAUUUUUUGUUUGUUUUGUAAAAUACUUAAAAAAAACUCAUCUACAAUAUAAACACUGAUUCAUACCUAGCUCAUUAAAACAAAUGUACAGACCACUGACGUACCAUCAUGGCAGUGUAUAUUAUGUGUCAAUUUUCAAUUUACAGUAUCAUAAUGAAAUGUCAUUUAAUAAUUCAGCUUCAUCCAUUAAAGUUCUUAGUGCUGCGAA